AUGCUUGGUCGUAUUUUCAACGGCUCCGGGAAGCCUAUUGACAAGGGACCACCUGUGCUUGCUGAGGACUUCCUCGACAUUAACGGCCAGCCGAUCAAUCCAUGGUCGCGUAUUUACCCUGAAGAAAUGAUUCAAACUGGGAUCUCUGCAAUUGACGUCAUGAACUCAAUUGCUCGUGGACAGGCUUGGUGCAGCUUCCUGAACGCAAGCACGAUGCCUCGGAUUCUAAUUUCGCUAUUGUUUUCGCCGCUAUGGGAGUUAACAUGGAGACUGCUCGAUUCUUCAAGCAAGAUUUCGAAGAAAAUGGUGUGUGGAUUUUUAUUUCGUAUGGCUGGCUCUUUUAGUGUCAUUUCUGCAGGAUCGAUGGAAAAUGUAUGCUUGUUCUUGAACUUGGCGAACGAUCCAACAAUUGAGCGUAUCAUUACUCCACGUCUGGCUUUAACGGCUGCUGAGUUCUUCGCAUAUCAGUGUGAAAAGCACGUGCUUGUGGUGCUUACUGACAUGUCUUCUUACGCCGAAGCGCUUCGUGAGGUGUCUGCUGCCCGUGAAGAAGUACCUGGUCGUCGUGGUUUCCCAGGAUACAUGUACACUGAUUUGGCUACAAUUUACGAACGUGCGGGUCGUGUUGAAGGCCGCGACGGCUCUAUCACUCAAAUUCCCAUUCUAACUAUGCCAAACGAUGAUAUUACUCACCCUAUUCCCGAUCUUACUGGUUACAUUACUGAAGGCCAAAUUUAUGUCGACCGUCAGCUGCACAACAGACAGAUUUACCCACCAAUCAAUGUGCUUCCGUCACUUUCUCGUUUGAUGAAAUCUGCUAUUGGUGAAGGAAUGACUCGUGAAGACCAUUCUGAUGUUUCCAAUCAGUUAUAUGCUUGUUAUGCAAUUGGCAAAGACGUUCAAGCUAUGAAGGCUGUAGUAGGAGAGGAAGCUUUAUCUUCCGAUGAUCUUUUGUACCUUGAAUUCUUAGUGAAAUUCGAAAAGAACUUCAUUACUCAAGGAAACUAUGAGAAUCGAACUGUUUUCGAAUCGCUUGACAUCGGAUGGCAACUUCUUCGUAUUUUCCCCAGGGAAAUGUUGAAGCGAAUUCCAGAAAGCACUCUUGAGAAGUAUUAUCCUAGAGGAGGAGCGAAGACGGAUUGA